UAAAAGUUAUGUGAUCUUGAUGAGACUUGGCGUAUAUGUAAACGUACCAUAGCGUGAAAAUAAAAUGGAUGUUGGAAACACUUUUCUGUCAUUGUCAUUGAUGGACGUUGUUUGACUUUGACAUAUUUAGACACCGGCCGCCUAUUUUCUUAUUUGCGCACUUUGUUUUCGCAUUCGCUUGCAUCGCAAAAGUUUAAAACAUACAAAAGUUAAAUUUUACGUCUUUUAUAUGGCUAAUAUAAUAAUAUAUCUGCUGUAAUAAUUCUUGCUGUUUGUAUCAGUCGUAUCACUACCAAGUUUUCUUUAAAUAGAAUCAUGGUUUCAGUUCAUCAGCAUGGAGAAAUGGGAGGUCCAAAUCCAAGGCUUCCCCGAAGCUCCGGAGCCACGGGUCUUCAUCAAAGCUCUCCAAAUGGCUUCCGAUGUGCUGAAAACUGACUUAGCUGACUUUGAAAUGGUGAGACUAUUCGAUACCCUACUCCAGUCCCCGGUGGACCUGCUGAAGACUGUACUAACGCACCACCAAGAAGAAGAGUGGUCGAACGCUGUAACUGAAUCGUACAAACUGAUCGGCUCUGUAGCUAAGAAGUAUCAACAUGUCUUGGAGCCCUAUUUUGAAAAUAUCGUGAAACUGUGUGAACUGGCGCAGCCGGCGCUGCCCCGGCGCGCGGCGCUGCGCUGCGCGCGCGCGCUGGCGCACGCGACGCCGCACGCGCCGCCGCACGCGCCGCGCCUGGCCGCAGAACUGGAGGCCGCAACCACUUGCAGGAGCGAAUUGGCUCUGUUAAUUGGUACUAUAUGCGAGUACCACCCGGAGGUACUGGAGCACCAGGUCCCCAGAAUCUGGAGGACGUACCUUAGUUUCCUCAGCAGCAGAGGGUUGACGGACAAAUUCACGUCAUCAUUGCUAGAGGGCGCUUCUGGACUUCUGUCUAGUUUCGGCGGGAGCCUGCCGGUCAAUGAACUCUGGCAGUUUUAUGAUGAUAUAAGGAGAUUGUUUGCAAAGUGCAUAAAUGUUUGUGUAUCCAUAUUGAGUCAUCACUCGUCGCUAUUCAAAGAACGCAUAGCGGAAGAUGCUGAACUUCGAGCCAUUUUGUGGUCGCGAGCGACACAAGAUGGCGUUGCGGACGCCUUGAUCGCCGUUUACAACGCCGUCGCCGAGGUUAAGAGAGACAAUAUGAUGGAAAUAAUAGAAAAGGAAGUGAUGCCUCAGCUGUGUAGUGAUAACAAUUUGUCAGCCCUGAGAGUGUUGUCGCAGUUUAAAGGUCGCGGGUUCGAUUCCCUGGAGAGCUGCGUGCAGAUCCAGCACUUGGAGUUCCUGCUGCGGUGCGGGCCGCUAGAACGCCACACUGCCGAUCUGAUCAUCUGGUAUAUUAGCAGUGGGCUGUCAGAAAGUUUGCGUUUGUCACAAACAGCUGUUUUAUUCCACCGCAACAUACCGCCGGCGAAGGUCGCCGACCUCGCCGCCGCCAUCUUGUCCAACCAGGUUGUUCGUGAGGAAACAAUAACAUUCUUAGCGUCAGAAUGCAGCCAGACUUCAAUCGACAGCGCAGAGUAUAUCCCUCUGUGGCAGCAGUUGUUCAACGGGAACACAACCGCACUGCGCGACUACAUGAGAUACAUAGCCGAUGUGAUGGAGUGUUGGCUUGAAGACGGGACGGAUGUUCUCCCAGAAAAACUGGCAUCGUUACUAAACCUAACCACCGACGUACUGUCCCUGCAAUCCGCAGACACGUCCACGGAUAUAUCAUCAGACUUAUCCGCGGAUCUGUUGAGCAGAUGUCUGAGAAGGUGUUUAGCCUCGGAACUGGUGUCAGUCGCUGCUGCUGUGUUGGAUGUUGGUGGGGGAAUGCGCGAUGACGUGUGGCCGUAUAUCAGUGUGGAGAGGUGUCGCGAUGAGAAAUUAAUGUGUGCGUGUUGCCUUCUGUUGCUACACGCGCCUAAUAAUUAUUCUGAUAAUGUGUUGAAAGCUUUACAGAUUAUAUUUUCGAGAAACGACGUGGAAGACACGACACUUUUAAAAGCGAUUAAAAAAAUGGAAUCUCUCAUUUCUGAUAAAGAACAUAACCUUGACGAUGUUGAUAUCAAUAAAACGAUAAGUUUAGUGAUAAAGUUACGAAAACGAAGCAAUAUGGCGGACAAGCACGCGCGGAUAUUGCAAAGACACGUCAUUAUGUUUUUAGGCAAAUACGGUAAUAAAAUCGAUGUAAACAAGAAUUGUGGUUGGGCUAGUGUUGUCACUUCUAAACUGAAAGAUACGAUAUAUUUAGGUUUACCACUUUUAGCUGGAGAUAAGAUAAAGAUAAAUUUGCAAGAAAUACUCAAAUUGGCCAUUGAAGACGAAGACUGCGAAGCCUUGUCGCAGCUUUUGAAGAUAAUAUGUGUUACUUUGGACUCACGUCGCGACCCCGCACUGCUGUCAACUAUGACAGUUAUAUCGGUGGCGCUGUGUCGCGCGGACGUCGCCACAGAUGUCGCGCGACACGCCAUGACAUAUUGCAACACGACGGCGGCUGCGCACGAGUUGUUCUCCUUGAUAAGCUCGGAGCAAUCUCCCGGAGUUAGAUUAAUGCUGUGCAGCUGUCUCCCGGCGAUGUCCGACGAGCUGACGGCAAGCGCUCUUGGCCGCGCACGCGCCAUGAUGGGUGCCCGCGGUGCAACAAAACUGGCUGGCUUAGAUUUGAUCGACGCAUUAAUACCAGCAAUCGAAGAUAAUCAUUCUAUUAUCACGUCGCAAUUAGCAUUUGUGCUCGAUGAUGUCUCGAAAUGUGAUUUAUACGACGCAAUAUCCACUUUCGAAAAAGCUAAAAGGUUAUUCAUUGAAAAAAUUGCACUGUUUGAUGAUAACAAUGUUGAUUUGUUAUUUAAAAUGUUGAUUAGUAAUAUAACCGUGGGUAAAGUUGAAGGAUUUAGUGUUAAAACUUAUGUGGUUAUGACAGAAGUGUGUGUACAGUUUACGAAAGAGAUUAAAUAUGAUAAAUUUGAUGAUUGGACCAUUGUGGACAUGAUAUUCGAGGUCGAAGAAAGGGAUUUGUAUAAGACUCUGUAUGUGCUAGCUGUUGUGAAAAAAAUAUAUAACUUCGAUUCGAGUUCUUGCAGUAAGAUUUUUAAUAAUUCUAUUUUGGAUGACGUCUACGGAUUCACGUAUACCGAAGAUUCGAACUUCGAAUUGGAAGCCGUUUUGGUUUUUAUAAAGGAAUAUGCUGACGUUCUAUUGGAGCAUAAUUAUGAGAAAACCAUACAACUUCUAGCUUUGAUUAUGCGAAAUAUAUCUCCUAAGCAGAUUAUAGACCACAGAGAAAGCCUGAAAAGUUGUCUAUCAAAAUACAAAAACACACUGAGAUAUUUUCCGAAAAUUCUAGAAAACAGUUUCGUAAUAUGGUUGAAAAACUUCUCUAUACCACAAAUACAGGAUAUUUUCAUUGAAGAAUCACAUUAUAUAAAUAUUAAAGCGUUGAAUAUAUAUUUAGAUGCCACAGAAUUUUAUCUACACAGCUUCAUGGACAAAUUGAAAAUGUGGCCGAAAUAUGCGCUGAGGAAAUACGCGGAUGGCGCCACGAGCGCCGAGCUGUCAUUUCUGACGGAUUGCCUGACAGUCGCUGUCAAAGUGACAGGGUUCGAUGUCAAACGAGUGCUUCUGGAGGGGAAGUCGAGCGGUGACUACGUCGGUGUGAAGUUUUGCGCGAAAUUCAUGAAGGCGUUUUUGGAUUCGAUUUUGAAAAAACCGUUUGUGUUGUUGAACGAUGACAUGGGAGAUUGCUGUUUUAUCUUGGACGACGUCGUCAAGUAUUGCAUCAAGAGGAAGUGUACCGACAAUUUGUAUUCACUAGUUUUGGACUUGGUGAACGAGAUCUGGCCAGUGUACGAAGCAAAAACGAAUUUCCAACAAAAAUACCAAUUGUUGUACAAUAUGUCUCUGCUCCCGAAGACACUCGGCCGGGAAUCGAACCCGCUAAUGUGGGCGGCCUCGCAAUUCGACGCACCGGACAACAGGGAGAAUAGUGCGAGGCUGCUUGUCAUUCUGCCCGGCGGGGAUGCAUUUGUUGAUUGUCACGCGAAAUUCGGCGCGAACUGUCUCGGCGCUUCGCUAUCUGAGUGCCCGGCCGCCACACUGCGGGCGCUAUAUGACGCCCUGGCGGCCAGACCGAGCGCGUCGCUGCUCAAAAUGGCGUGUGUCCUCGCUGACACUGACGAAGACAUUGAAGAGAAGUGGUGGGACAAAGCCAUGGACGCGUGUUGCGCCUCGAUAGCCCAAUGCGGCGACUUCGACGCGUGCGACAAACUACUAGCGUUCACCGUCGGCAGUUUGUCGCUCGGCGCGUGUCGCCGGCUCAUGUUGCCGCUUCUGAGGUACUCAACGGCCUCAAAAUGCGAACAGUUCUACUCUCGCCACAUCAAGUCUCUGUUGUCCAGCCUGAGCCAGGAGCCACGUGACCCCGGGGCCGCAGACAAAUAUCGGCAGUGUAUCGUCGAGAGGACUAGAGCUUUGUUACUCUUGGAAGUGGCUUUUGAGAAGAUACCUCUGUCUAGUCUGGAGUCCCCUCAGUCUGCACUUUAUCAGCACAUGGAGCCCAGACCUGAUACAACUAAUUACCUCACUUGGACCGUGUGCAAACUGUGUGUCACGCUGAGGAGGAAGGUAGGGAGAGAAGAUAUUCAGGACGUAUUCAGACGCUACCAGUGCGCCAUCUACAGUUGCCUAUGCGCAGCCAUUUGCAAAUCCAAGCCUGCGGUGAAGUAUUACAGUUUGCUAUUGGGGCCAGACGCUUGGGACAAGAUUGACGAUCCCAAACUUACAUACAACAUUCCUAUUAUCAAGAGACGUCGCAAGACCCGACAUUGCGUGUCGGUAGCGGUGACCCCCUCACCCGGCACCAGCACCAGCACCAGCACCAGCACGGCCACCGGCAUAUUCCUGAGAACACUCUCCGAGCAUGCGCACAAGUUUGACUUGUACCCGAGGGAGCCGGAGCAGCUGGAAACCCUAACAUACUGGCGCGACGACCCAUCCGUACCGGAAACAUCGAUACCCCACCUGCAGACUACCAUAAACGCCCUUAUUACCGAGGCCAUAGAGUCCAGAGAUUUCUUACAGAUUUUAGACAGUUUUCUAGAAGUGUACGCUAAAUAUGUGACGGUUGAUUGGAGUAUAAUCGAAACUCACAUUAAACAUCGAACGUCCAAAUGUUUACCAGUUGUUCAAAAAUUACUAAAAAAUAAAAUCGAUUUACCGCAAUUGGUUCAGACGUUUCUUCAAAUAGACUUAAAAGUUUGGCUCGAAGAUGUCAAAAUGGCCGAAUGCUUCGGCGCUGCUCUGUCGUGUGAGAGGGAGAGGGACAGCGCUAUAAGCAGCUUCAGGGAUAUGUUGAAAAGGGUGAAACAGAGCGAGUCUUACAUAAAAUUAUUGUAUUAUGUACAAUUGGGAUGUCAAGACGUGUGUGAUGAGGCGAAUUUCAGACAAGUCACGGACCAAACGCGCAAAUUGCCGAAAACACUGCAAAACAAAUGCCUGCACAUCCUCUCGAUAUACUUGUCACGGCAGCCCAUAGACUACCGCACGCCUAUGUUCGAAACCAUAGAGCUGAGCGAGUUCCUGACCAUAGAUAAUGUAGAAGCUUUAGAUCUAGUCGCUAACGGGUUGCGAUUGAUGGAAGAUGGUUUUAAAAGGAGGGUAGUUAGACAAGCCUUGGAAUAUUGCGACCACUCAAUGGAAAGGGUGCGGAAAGCUGCUUUUAAAGUUGCCGCGAAAGCUUUUGAGGAACUUUUCCACCACACAAACCAGGGAGAUGGCGAGCCGUCAGCAAAAAGGUUAAAACGAGCGAAUGUCGCUCUACUGAACAUUGCAAGCGAAAAUGACCCUUAUAUACUCAAUGUGGUGUCCAAAGUGGCUGCCGGCGUGACGUCACGCAACGAUGACGUGCACAGCGUUGUCAGGAGCGUGCUCAGCAAGGAUCCGAGGGAGAGAUUAGUUGAAUGCCUUGCCCUGCUCAUUGUUGGCAACAUAAAAGAUCUGGCUGCGUGUGCGCAGAUAUUAGACGUGUAUUUUGCUGAGCUGCGUAGCAACGAACAUUUUCUUAUGACCAAGUUGAGGGACGAACCUUUGGCACCGAUAGAACCAACCAAGACAUGGAAGUUUCUGACUGACGCUAGAUCGCGUCGCGGCACACUACUCAGCUACCGCGCCAGCGCUACGAGACGGCGGCCGAGAACUACUGAUGUUAAAUCAUCAGUUAUAGACGUGGUAGUAUCUCUGGACAGCAUAUUGGAAGAACUAAUACAAUUUGCCAAGCGCCAACCCCUCGCGGGCGCGGCGCUGCUGCUGCAGCUGCGGCGGGCGGGCGGGGGCCGAGCGCCGCCCGCCGCCGUCCGCGCGCCGCUGCACGUGCAGCUGGCGAGACUCGCGCCCGAUGGGUUUGAACCUGGAUUUGAAGAAGCCGUUCGUCGCCUCACAGAACUAUCUUCCGGAUCCGAUGACGCGGACCUGAUCCACUGUUUAUAUGAAGAAGUGCUCAUGAGGAAGGGCAUUGAGAUAUUCGAGCUAAGGUCAGCCCCGAUGCCUGACCGUGACGAUAUCACUAUGGAAAAUAACAGCUUUUCUAUUCAAGAAUUGACCUCGUGUUUCGGCCGACUGUCAAACUGGAACGACCUCACUAUACAACAGAGGGUGACCGCAAUACCCGGCCUUCCGAUGUUGUGGACCGACGAAGCUAGUUUCAAGGCAUCUCUAGUGGAUUUCAAAGAUUCGGGGCUAACCAACACAUGGUUCGGCAGAUUACUGUCGUCAUAUAGAGGCGAGACGAGGGACAGCGCACGUUGGCUCAGCGAUGUCACGCAAUGGCCGAGGAAACAAUUCGAUGAAUCUGCUGUGGCCGAAGCUCUGUCAUGGCAGUUGGACGAUGAACCUUGGAACUGCGAAAUAUCACCCAAAGAUUGUUUAGUAAAAAUAUCUGCUAGACUCAUGAUAAGAGCGUUGCAUGCAAGCGAAAGGGAAGCGGCAUACCCGUCUCGCUCCAACGAAUUGCGGUGGUGUAUAAGAGCGAGCGAGAUGGGACUACACCGUGCGGUAUUGCAGUGUUGCCAUAGAAAUAAAAUUGGCGAUUUGCAAAACGAAGAAAAGCUAUCGUGGCAUCAUCAAAAAUUGUUAAGCCUCAGAGGGAUGGCGCUCGAGCGAAACGAUAGAAAUCUAUUGAGAGAAGCUUUACACACAGCAGUGGAUUUGAUAUCAAAUUUCACGGAACAUACGACAGCCUCUAUUGACAUCUACAAGCAAGUGUUUCUAUUGAGACAGGAUUUGAAUGAGCUUACCACACACGAUGUAGAUAAUAUAAUGAAAAAUAUAAAUACUCCAAUGGACAAUAGAAUACUAUUUAAGAGUAAAUCUGUAUUGACAUCAAUAUAUGAGUUAGCUUUAGUACAUUAUGACAAACAAUGGUCUGUGGCAACACAAGAUGAAGUGAUAAAAAACCUAGCGUUCACCUUAUAUAACAUGAGAGAAUCGAAUCUAGGACCGAAUGACAGACAGCUGGCUCUGCUACUCAACAGACUUAAGGGGUAUACCGCGAAAAGGAUUACAGAUGUUGAUGUUACUAAUAAUAUUUUGAAAGUACUCGAACCUCACACGCAAUACGACGACACGACAAAGACGCACAUAUCGUCCGUCCUUCACACGCUCGGGCGCCGGUGUUCGGCCGAGUUCGGCCAGCAUCGUCAGCUGUUCGCCACGAUCAGGGAUGUCGGUUACUGCUUGUCGGGAUACUGUGAGCUUCUGGCCAAAGCUGUUGCCAAGAAAGAACUAUGGAGUGAAACCUUCACGAAAAUCAGGAAUAUGAUGGAAAACCCCCACGUCGGCUCCGACUACCACCUGCUGACCGCUCAGACGACCAAGCUGUAUGCGAUAGCUGAUUUUGAUUUAACGACACAGGAGCAUAAGACAGAAGUGCUCCGAUCUGUGAUGAUUUCACUGAAUCUCCCGGCUAAAUCCACUCUGCGCGUGUCCCAGUUGUGUCCGGCUUUGGCCAAGACAGAGUUGUGCAUCGGCCAGUUUCUACCCACGUGUGAUAUUGUUAAGGUUGAGGACCAGGUGACGGUAAUAACAGAUAGCCUUCGUCGCCCGUGUGUCGUGACAUUCGUGACGUCACUCGGGACUCGAGUCCGCUACAUGCACAAGAGCGGGGAAUCCCUGAACCUUGACGCUGGUCUUCUGCGGUGCUGCCCCGACCCCCAAUAUCGGGUGUUGCCAACAAGCGAUGACAGUGGGCUUAUAGAAUUUUUGGAGGACCAUGAAACUUUGUAUUCCAUGAUAUCCAGCGUGUGUAACUUAGAUGAAAUAUCCGCCUCUGUCCAGAGGCCGUCGGAUGACGAAUUAAUAAUGACACCAUCACCGCACACGUUCAAACAGCUCCGGGAGAAAGUGCCAGUCGAUGGAUUAAGAAAGGCCAUGGAGAGGAACAGCUCCUGCGUCGAGGACUUUUUGAUGAAGAAGACGAACUUCCAGAACAGCUUGGCGACCACCGCCAUCUUUAACUGGAUAUUAGGUCUAGGCGAUCGUCACCUGCAAAAUUUCCUAUACUCAGUGCGUAGUGGAGGUUUAGUUAGUGUCGACUGUGGCGCCGCCUUUAGUUUUGUCAGCGAACUCCCGCCCGCGAGACUCACUGCUUGCCUGUUGGCUGCCACUAAUAUACAGGUUUUAGAAAGUCGCCUGCAGACGUGUUUAGCCGAGUACAGACAGAAUGCCUAUAUGUUCUGCAACUUUCUGAGGGUGACUUUCGAUUGGGACAGGCCGGAGAUUGAAGACAAGCUCCCACACAUACAAGCCUUGAUAUCCGGGCGUUGUCUGUCCCACCACGUGACGCGGGACCUCGUACAGAAAUCGAACAGGAAAUACAAAGUGUCAUAUAUGAAAUUAUUCGACGAAGUUUUCGCUGAGUUUGAACAAAAAGCUGAUUACAGUAUAGUGGAGCAGAUAUCAUGUUUCCUGGUCCAUUGCACGAGUCCUCGGAUCCUGCAGGUCACGAGGUCUGGGUGGACGCCGUGGGUGUGAAGAGUACAGACAUAUCUGCACAUCUCUAUACAUCGUAGACAGAGAAAAGUGUAGACUUCUAAACAAAUAUAUUUGUUAGACAAAUUAAAAAACCCCCGACUUUUAAUAUUCAUUUCGCUACAUUGAACUAUUGAACGGCUGAAUCGAUUUUGAUCAAACAUAUCCAAGAACCACCGCAUAAAAAUUUGCUAUCGAAUAAAAACAACCGCAUCAAAAUCGGUUCAUCCGUUGAUGAGCUACGGUGCCACGUACACAGGCAGACAAACACACUUAGCGGUGAAACACAUUAUAUCUUUUUGCGACGGGGGUUAAAAAACAAAUCGGCCCAAGAUCCCAUUUGUAUGAGACGCGCAUGGGAGCGUUUUUAUAUAAUUUGUCGACGCUAACUCGUCUUUAUAAGCUUUCUUUGAUGUAUAAUGUCACGGUAAGUUUGAUUAAUUGAAAAUUAUUAACAGUUUUACUACAUUAUUAAUAAUAACCACGUGAUUCGGUAAAUAUUAAUAAUCAAUUGAAAUUAAUUUUAUUAUUUAUUAUUAAUAAUUCGCUACGCAAACGUAGCCAGACCCAAGGUUUUUGCACAACAGGUUAAAAAUUCAGUCA